AUGUCAGACAUGUACGUGUGGUUUAAAGGGAUACUUCUCCCUGCCUUGUCUUUCAAACUUGAACACUUGAGAGAAGUAUGGGAGACUUUUGUGUUUAAGGAUGAAGAUGUCGAGCCGGCCCCGUGGCUUAAGUCAGGAACACACUGGUUGGUUGAAAUUCUCUGCCUGAUUUUCUCCAAGGGGGAUCCCACGUGGAUCCAAUCUGUGCCCAUUUGGGACCGCUCACCCUGGGUAGAGACUGAGAGUGGCUAUAAUUCACUGAAGGAUAAGGAAGGCCCCCACCUCAUCAGCUCCCACCUCCCCAGCCAACUCAUCCCCAAGUCUCUCUUCAGUUCCAAAGCCAAGGUGAUUUGUCUCAUCAGAAAUCCCAGAGAUAGUCUUGUGCCUGGUUAUUUUUUCUAUAGGAUUUUGAAUUUUAUUAAGAAACCAGAGUCACUGGAACACUUUUUUGAAUGGUUCAUCCAAGGAAAUGGUGAGUGA